CGUUACCCGUUUCAACGGAAGGAGUUUACGUACCGGUGACAGCCUACGUUCGGAAUCAAACGCAAUGACAUGAACGAAGCCAAGGGACUAUCCAAGUCAAACAUAAAAUCUGCUACAUUGAGUUACUGAAGAUGGUUUUGGAAACGAUUUCAAGGAUAAUAAAAGUCCAGCUUCCAGCGUACCUAAAGAAGCUUCCGCUUCCGGAGACGAUCACUGGUUUUGCAAGGUUAACAGUGUCAGAGUGGCUCCGGCUGCUGCCACUCCUGGGUAUCCUUGCACUGCUCGGCUACCUGACCAUUCGACCAUUCCUGCCGAAGAAAAAGAAGCAGAGAGACAGCCUGAUUAACCUGAAAAUCCAGAAAGAGAACCCGAAAGUGGUCAACGAGAUAGACAUUGAAGACCUGAACAGUGCAAAUGUGUGUUACUGUCGCUGCUGGCGCUCCAAAACUUUUCCUGUUUGUGAUAAGUCACACUUAAAGCACAACGAGCUAACAGGAGAUAACGUUGGACCGCUUAUUCUCAAAAAGAAGAUACUAUAAUUGACCACUGAUGGGAGUUCCUUUCACCUCUACACUCUAGUGUUUUGCAUUUGUUAACACUUUUUCAUUUACAAGAACUGUGGUGAUGCCUUAGUGUCAUAUUGUUGUUGGUCAGAAAAACUUCUGUCUCUAUUUUAAGUGGCUGCAACACAACUAAAAUGCAAUUUUCCGGUCUAAUCGUGUGAAAACCACGUGAGAGAUUCUUUAACUACAUUGUGCAGUUCAUUGUUCACUGUAUUACUAAGGCAGACUACACAUUAGAUGAUUUUCAUGUCAUGACCAAAUUUACAAACAUAGGGGACAACAGACACAAGGACAGAUUCAACAAUCCCUGAAUGCAUACACUACACCUGCUGGCUGUCCUGGCAUGCAUUCUGUUUUGCAGGGAAUAAAAAACAAGGGAAAAAAAUGAGGGCGAAAUCCCGGUUGAGAAGACAGUAUAGUUGUGAUCAGCAAAAAUAUGCAACAUCUGGUUGGUGAUGUUCUCUCAUCUGUCUGCUCUCAUUAGCUAAUGCAGGUAUGACGUUUGAGAAAGCCUAACCUGGAAGCUCUGACUGGAUCAGGAGCAGUAAAAUAAUCAUACAGACCAGGAUCACUUUAACAAAAAAUCUGUUAGGUUGGGCCUAAUGUAAUCAUUUAGUGUGUGGCCAGUCUUACCUUUAAAUUCCACAUAUUCCAUGUCUGUGGUUUGCUCCAGCCAAAGGCAUGCACCCUAGCCCACUGGAUGCAUCUCUAGAGGGAUGCACAGGCCUGAGCAGCUGGAGGUGAGACAAGAAGACCACAGCUGAACUACAAGAACAUGACAAUUGUGCAAUCGCGUGAUAACAAGUCCAACAUGAUAAUAGUGUCUAAAAAGAUUAUUUUGACUUUCUGCAGUUGAUUUUCUUUUCACUUUUUGUUCUUUAUUCUGGGAUUUUUUUUUUGCUUCUACAGUGGGUGAGGACAUUAGAAAUUUAAAAGUUUUAUUUUACCUUUAAAGGAUCUGUAGUGCCAUAUAACUUUCCUUCAUCUAGGCCACUGUUUUACCUCUGUGACCCACACAUGAUGAGAUGUAAUGCUGAUACAGUGAUGAGAUUUACCAUUGAGAGUCUGUGUACUGUCUUGUAAUUUGGUGUCAACUGAUGCUUUGCAUUGAUUUGCUCUCUGUGGGUUGAUUUUGGCAGCAGCCUCAGUAAAAAUAGAUCCGGCAGUUGUCUCACAAUGACGCUUCUGGCACGUGCUGGAGGACCAGGAACACCUAGAAUCAUAAUGAUUGACGAGAGAGAACCUAGCCUAAUGAGGAAAUAGACGCCUUGGAACAUCCUUAGUUGGAAUAUGUGGAAUUUAAUGGUAGCAGAACAGGUUUUUAUGACUGUUAAGUUCCAUUAAAUGCCAUGUUUUCAAGUCAGAUAUAAACAAUUUGGGACCAUGUUUCGAUGAGGGAAGCUGAAAACAUAAGAGCAGUGACUUUAUAAAGACCUUGUAUAACUCAAGCAAGCAUUUUCCCAGUUCACUGAAAAACUAAAAUACUAGUGUAACCUGCAGUCAUUAUUUUAUAUUGUAUUCCUUUAUCUAUGCUGUUAUUUAUCAUUUAGCCCUUUAUAAGUUGUUCUUCACCUGUUCUCAGCUGUCCCUGUGCUGAAUAUUAACAUGCUUUUAGGAUGUUAAAUACGAUCUUAUUCUGUGUGUAUCAGGGUUUGUUUUUCUCUUCAGACGUACUUCUGUUCAUAGCCUAAUGUAGAAACAUUUCAAACCACUGGACUGUUAAGUAAUAUCCAGUUAUACAAAGUUCUAACUAACAUAAAGAUAUAAAAUCUGGCGCACAGGGCUUUAGCUCAGUAUCUGUGAUGUCAAAAUGGCUGUAAAUAUUUAUUUUCCUGCUGAAUAUUUUUCCUUUUUAUUUCAUCAGAUCUAUUUUAUACAUAAAUGGCCUUUUUUGUCUGCA